AUGCCUCACAUCGCGCUGACACCUCGAGAGGCACGCGGAGUUCAUUGCUUCAAAAGGCUCAAGACGUAUGCCAACUUCCCAGAAGCACCUCAGGAGGAGGCUUCUCUCAGCAAUAGGCUCAAGACGUAUGCCAACUUCCCAGAAGCACCUCAGGAGGAGGCUUCUCUCAGCAAUAGGCUCAAGACGUAUGCCAACUUCCCAGAAGCACCUCAGGAGGAGGCUUCUCUCAGCAAUAGGCUCAAGACGUAUGCCAACUUCCCAGAAGCACCUCAGCAGGAGGCUUCUCUCAGCAAUAGGCUCAAGACGUAUGCCAACUUCCCAGAAGAACCUCAGGAGGAGGCUUCUCUCAGCAAUAGGCUCAAGACGUAUGCCAACUUCCCAGAAGCACCUCAGGAGGAGGCUUCUCUCAGCAAUAGGCUCAAGACGUAUGCCAACUUCCCAGAAGCACCUCAGGAGGAGGCUUCUCUCAGCAAUAGGCUCAAGACAUAUGCCAACUUCCCAGAAGCACCUCAGGAGGAGGCUUCUCUCAGCAAUAGGCUCAAGACGUAUGCCAACUUCCCAGAAGCACCUCAGGAGGAGGCUUCUCUCAGCAAUAGGCUCAAGACGGAUGCCAAGUUCCCAGAAGCACCUCAGGAGGAGGCUUCUCUCAGCAAUAGGCUCAAGACGUACGCCAACUUCCCAGAAGCACCUCAGGAGGAGGCUUCUCUCAGCAAUAGGCUCAAGACGUAUGCCAACUCCCCAGAAGCACCUCAGGAGGAGGCUUCUCUCAGCAAUAGAUGCGAGCUGAUUCCCUGGCUUAGGCUCAAGACGUAUGCCAACUUCCCAGAAGCACCUCAGGAGGAGGCUUCUCUCAGCAAUAGGCUCAAGACGUAUGCCAACUUCCCAGAAGCACCUCAGGAGGAGGCUUCUCUCAGCAAUAGGCUCAAGACGUAUGCCAACUCCCCAGAAGCACCUCAGGAGGAGGCUUCUCUCAGCAAUAGAUGCGAGCUGAUUCCCUGGCUUAGGCUCAAGACGUAUGCCAACUUCCCAGAAGCACCUCAGGAGGAGGCUUCUCUCAGCAAUAGGCUCAAGACGUAUGCCAACUUCCCAGAAGCACCUCAGGAGGAGGCUUCUCUCAGCAAUAGGCUCAAGACGUAUGCCAACUUCCCAGAAGCACCUCAGGAGGAGGCUUCUCUCAGCAAUAGGCUCAAGACGUAUGCCAACUUCCCAGAAGCACCUCAGGAGGAGGCUUCUCUCAGCAACAGGCUCAAGACGUAUGCCAACUUCCCAGAAGCACCUCAGGAGGAGGCUUCUCUCAGCAAUAGGCUCAAGACGUAUGCCAACUUCCCAGAAGCACCUCAGGAGGAGGCUUCUCUCAGCAAUAGGCUCAAGACGUAUGCCAACUUCCCAGAAGCACCUCAGGAGGAGGCUUCUCUCAGCAAUAGGCUCAAGACGUAUGCCAACUUCCCAGAAGCACCUCAGGAGGAGGCUUCUCUCAGCAAUAGGCUCAAGACGUAUGCCAACUUCCCAGAAGCACCUCAGGAGGAGGCUUCUCUCAGCAAUAGGCUCAAGACGUAUGCCAACUUCCCAGAAGCACCUCAGGAGGAGGCUUCUCUCAGCAAUAGGCUCAAGACGUAUGCCAACUUCCCAGAAGCACCUCAGGAGGAGGCUUCUCUCAGCAAUAGAUGCGAGCUGAUUCCCUGGCUUAGGCUCAAGACGUAUGCCAACUUCCCAGAAGCACCUCAGGAGGAGGCUUCUCUCAGCAAUAGGCUCAAGACGUAUGCCAACUUCCCAGAAGCACCUCAGGAGGAGGCUUCUCUCAGCAAUAGGCUCAAGACGUAUGCCAACUUCCCAGAAGCACCUCAGGAGGAGGCUUCUCUCAGCAAUAGGCUCAAGACGUAUGCCAACUUCCCAGAAGCACCUCAGGAGGAGGCUUCUCUCAGCAAUAGGCUCAAGACGUAUGCCAACUUCCCAGAAGCACCUCAGGAGGAGGCUUCUCUCAGCAAUAGGCUCAAGACGUAUGCCAACUUCCCAGAAGCACCUCAGGAGGAGGCUUCUCUCAGCAAUAGGCUCAAGAAGUAUGCCAACUUCCCAGAAGCACCUCAGGAGGAGGCUUCUCUCAACAAUAGGCUCAAGACGUAUGCCAACUUCCCAGAAGCACCUCAGGAGGAGGCUUCUCUCAGCAAUAGGCUCAAGACGUAUGCCAACUUCCCAGAAGCACCUCAGGAGGAGGCUUCUCUCAGCAAUAGGCUCAAGACGUAUGCCAACUUCCCAGAAGCACCUCAGGAGGAGGCUUCUCUCAGCAAUAGGCUCAAGACGUAUGCCAACUUCCCAGAAGCACCUCAGGAGGAGGCUUCUCUCAGCAAUAGGCUCAAGACGUAUGCCAACUUCCCAGAAGCACCUCAGGAGGAGGCUUCUCUCAGCAAUAGGCUCAAGACGUAUGCCAACUUCCCAGAAGCACCUCAGGAGGAGGCUUCUCUCAGCAAUAGGCUCAAGACGUAUGCCAACUUCCCAGAAGCACCUCAGGAGGAGGCUUCUCUCAGCAAUAGGCUCAAGACGUAUGCCAACUUCCCAGAAGCACCUCAGGAGGAGGCUUCUCUCAGCAAUAGGCUCAAGACGUAUGCCAACUUCCCAGAAGCACCUCAGGAGGAGGCUUCUCUCAGCAAUAGGCUCAAGACGUAUGCCAACUUCCCAGAAGCACCUCAGGAGGAGGCUUCUCUCAGCAAUAGGCUCAAGACGUAUGCCAACUUCCCAGAAGCACCUCAGGAGGCGGCUUCUCUCAGCAAUAGGCUCAAGACGUAUGCCAACUUCCCAGAAGCACCUCAGGAGGAGGCUUCUCUCAGCAAUAGGCUCAAGACGUAUGCCAACUUCCCAGAAGCACCUCAGGAGGAGGCUUCUCUCAGCAAUAGGCUCAAGACGUAUGCCAACUUCCCAGAAGCACCUCAGGAGGAGGCUUCUCUCAGCAAUAGGCUCAAGACGUAUGCCAACUUCCCAGAAGCACCUCAGGAGGAGGCUUCUCUCAGCAAUAGGCUCAAGACGUAUGCCAACUUCCCAGAAGCACCUCAGGAGGAGGCUUCUCUCAGCAAUAGGCUCAAGACGUAUGCCAACUUCCCAGAAGCACCUCAGGAGGAGGUUUCUCUCAGCAAUAGGCUCAAGACGUAUGCCAACUUCCCAGAAGCACCUCAGGAGGAGGCUUCUCUCAGCAAUAGGCUCAAGACGUAUGCCAACUUCCCAGAAGCACCUCAGGAGGAGGCUUCUCUCAGCAAUAGGCUCAAGACGUAUGCCAACUUCCCAGAAGCACCUCAGGAGGAGGCUUCUCUCAGCAAUAGGCUCAAGACGUAUGCCAACUUCCCAGAAGCACCUCAGGAGGAGGCUUCUCUCAGCAAUAGGCUCAAGACGUAUGCCAACUUCCCAGAAGCACCUCAGGAAGAGGCUUCUCUCAGCAAUAGGCUCAAGACGUAUGCCAACUUCCCAGAAGCACCUCAGGAGGAGGCGUCUCUCAGCAAUAGGCUCAAGACGUAUGCCAACUUCCCAGAAGCACCUCAGGAGGAGGCUUCUCUCAGCAAUAGGCUCAAGACGUAUGCCAACUUCCCAGAAGCACCUCAGGAGGAGGCUUCUCUCAGCAAUAGGCUCAAGACGUAUGCCAACUUCCCAGAAGCACCUCAGGAGGAGGCUUCUCUCAGCAAUAGGCUCAAGACGUAUGCCAACUUCCCAGAAGCACCUCAGGAGGAGGCUUCUCUCAGCAAUAGGCUCAAGACGUAUGCCAACUUCCCAGAAGCACCUCAGGAGGAGGCUUCUCUCAGCAAUAGGCUCAAGACGUAUGCCAACUUCCCAGAAGCACCUCAGGAGGAGGCUUCUCUCAGCAAUAGGCUCAAGACGUAUGCCAACUUCCCAGAAGCACCUCAGGAGGAGGCUUCUCUCAGCAAUAGGCUCAAGACGUAUGCCAACUUCCCAGAAGCACCUCAGGAGGAGGCUUCUCUCAGCAAUAGGCUCAAGACGUAUGCCAACUUCCCAGAAGCACCUCAGGAGGAGGCUUCUCUCAGCAAUAGGCUCAAGACGUAUGCCAACUUCCCAGAAGCACCUCAGGAGGAGGCUUCUCUCAGCAAUAGGCUCAAGACGUAUGCCAACUUCCCAGAAGCACCUCAGGAGGAGGCUUCUCUCAGCAAUAGGCUCAAGACGUAUGCCAACUUCCCAGAAGCACCUCAGGAGGAGGCUUCUCUCAGCAAUAGGCUCAAGACGUAUGCCAACUUCCCAGAAGCACCUCAGGAGGAGGCUUCUCUCAGCAAUAGGCUCAAGACGUAUGCCAACUUCCCAGAAGCACCUCAGGAGGAGGCUUCUCUCAGCAAUAGGCUCAAGACGUAUGCCAACUUCCCAGAAGCACCUCAGGAGGAGGCUUCUCUCAGCAAUAGGCUCAAGACGUAUGCCAACUUCCCAGAAGCACCUCAGGAGGAGGCUUCUCUCAGCAAUAGGCUCAAGACGUAUGCCAACUUCCCAGAAGCACCUCAGGAGGAGGCUUCUCUCAGCAAUAGGCUCAAGACGUAUGCCAACUUCCCAGAAGCACCUCAGCAGGAGGCUUCUCUCAGCAAUAGGCUCAAGACGUAUGCCAACUUCCCAGAAGCACCUCAGGAGGAGGUUUCUCUCAGCAAUAGGCUCAAGACGUAUGCCAACUUCCCAGAAGCACCUCAGGAGGAGGCUUCUCUCAGCAAUAGGCUCAAGACGUAUGCCAACUUCCCAGAAGCACCUCAGGAGGAGGCUUCUCUCAGCAAUAGGCUCAAGACGUAUGCCAACUUCCCAGAAGCACCUCAGGAGGAGGCUUCUCUCAGCAAUAGGCUCAAGACGUAUGCCAACUUCCCAGAAGCACCUCAGGAGGAGGCUUCUCUCAGCAAUAGGCUCAAGACGUAUGCCAACUUCCCAGAAGCACCUCAGGAGGAGGCUUCUCUCAGCAAUAGGCUCAAGACGUAUGCCAACUUCCCAGAAGCACCUCAGGAGGAGGCUUCUCUCAGCAAUAGGCUCAAGACGUAUGCCAACUUCCCAGAAGCACCUCAGGAGGAGGCGUCUCUCAGCAAUAGGCUCAAGACGUAUGCCAACUUCCCAGAAGCACCUCAGGAGGAGGCUUCUCUCAGCAAUAGGCUCAAGACGUAUGCCAACUUCCCAGAAGCACCUCAGGAGGAGGCUUCUCUCAGCAAUAGGCUCAAGACGUAUGCCAACUUCCCAGAAGCACCUCAGGAGGAGGCUUCUCUCAGCAAUAGGCUCAAGACGUAUGCCAACUUCCCAGAAGCACCUCAGGAGGAGGCUUCUCUCAGCAAUAGGCUCAAGACGUAUGCCAACUUCCCAGAAGCACCUCAGGAGGAGGCUUCUCUCAGCAAUAGGCUCAAGACGUAUGCCAACUUCCCAGAAGCACCUCAGGAGGAGGCUUCUCUCAGCAAUAGGCUCAAGACGUAUGCCAACUUCCCAGAAGCACCUCAGGAGGAGGCUUCUCUCAGCAAUAGGCUCAAGACGUAUGCCAACUUCCCAGAAGCACCUCAGGAGGAGGCUUCUCUCAGCAAUAGGCUCAAGACGUAUGCCAACUUCCCAGAAGCACCUCAGGAGGAGGCUUCUCUCAGCAAUAGGCUCAAGACGUAUGCCAACUUCCCAGAAGCACCUCAGGAGGAGGCUUCUCUCAGCAAUAGGCUCAAGACGUAUGCCAACUUCCCAGAAGCACCUCAGGAGGAGGCUUCUCUCAGCAAUAGGCUCAAGACGUAUGCCAACUUCCCAGAAGCACCUCAGGAGGAGGCUUCUCUCAGCAAUAGGCUCAAGACGUAUGCCAACUUCCCAGAAGCACCUCAGGAGGAGGCUUCUCUCAGCAAUAGGCUCAAGACGUAUGCCAACUUCCCAGAAGCACCUCAGGAGGAGGCUUCUCUCAGCAAUAGGCUCAAGACGUAUGCCAACUUCCCAGAAGCACCUCAGGAGGAGGCUUCUCUCAGCAAUAGGCUCAAGACGUAUGCCAACUUCCCAGAAGCACCUCAGGAGGAGGCUUCUCUCAGCAAUAGGCUCAAGACGUAUGCCAACUUCCCAGAAGCACCUCAGGAGGAGGCUUCUCUCAGCAAUAGGCUCAAGACGUAUGCCAACUUCCCAGAAGCACCUCAGGAGGAGGCUUCUCUCAGCAAUAGGCUCAAGACGUAUGCCAACUUCCCAGAAGCACCUCAGGAGGAGGCUUCUCUCAGCAAUAGGCUCAAGACGUAUGCCAACUUCCCAGAAGCACCUCAGGAGGAGGCUUCUCUCAGCAAUAGGCUCAAGACGUAUGCCAACUUCCCAGAAGCACCUCAGGAGGAGGCUUCUCUCAGCAAUAGGCUCAAGACGUAUGCCAACUUCCCAGAAGCACCUCAGGAGGAGGCUUCUCUCAGCAAUAGGCUCAAGACGUAUGCCAACUUCCCAGAAGCACCUCAGGAGGAGGCUUCUCUCAGCAAUAGGCUCAAGACGUAUGCCAACUUCCCAGAAGCACCUCAGGAGGAGGCUUCUCUCAGCAAUAGGCUCAAGACGUAUGCCAACUUCCCAGAAGCACCUCAGGAGGAGGCUUCUCUCAGCAAUAGGCUCAAGACGUAUGCCAACUUCCCAGAAGCACCUCAGGAGGAGGCUUCUCUCAGCAAUAGGCUCAAGACGUAUGCCAACUUCCCAGAAGCACCUCAGGAGGAGGCUUCUCUCAGCAAUAGGCUCAAGACGUAUGCCAACUUCCCAGAAGCACCUCAGGAGGAGGCUUCUCUCAGCAAUAGGCUCAAGACGUAUGCCAACUUCCCAGAAGCACCUCAGGAGGAGGCUUCUCUCAGCAAUAGGCUCAAGACGUAUGCCAACUUCCCAGAAGCACCUCAGGAGGAGGCUUCUCUCAGCAAUAGGCUCAAGACGUAUGCCAACUUCCCAGAAGCACCUCAGGAGGAGGCUUCUCUCAGCAAUAGGCUCAAGACGUAUGCCAACUUCCCAGAAGCACCUCAGGAGGAGGUUUCUCUCAGCAAUAGGCUCAAGACGUAUGCCAACUUCCCAGAAGCACCUCAGGAGGAGGCUUCUCUCAGCAAUAGGCUCAAGACGUAUGCCAACUUCCCAGAAGCACCUCAGGAGGAGGCUUCUCUCAGCAAUAGGCUCAAGACGUAUGCCAACUUCCCAGAAGCACCUCAGGAGGAGGCUUCUCUCAGCAAUAGGCUCAAGACGUAUGCCAACUUCCCAGAAGCACCUCAGGAGGAGGCUUCUCUCAGCAAUAGGCUCAAGACGUAUGCCAACUUCCCAGAAGCACCUCAGGAGGAGGCUUCUCUCAGCAAUAGGCUCAAGACGUAUGCCAACUUCCCAGAAGCACCUCAGGAGGAGGCUUCUCUCAGCAAUAGGCUCAAGACGUAUGCCAACUUCCCAGAAGCACCUCAGGAGGAGGCUUCUCUCAGCAAUAGGCUCAAGACGUAUGCCAACUUCCCAGAAGCACCUCAGGAGGAGGCUUCUCUCAGCAAUAGGCUCAAGACGUAUGCCAACUUCCCAGAAGCACCUCAGGAGGAGGCUUCUCUCAGCAAUAGGCUCAAGACGUAUGCCAACUUCCCAGAAGCACCUCAGGAGGAGGCUUCUCUCAGCAAUAGGCUCAAGACGUAUGCCAACUUCCCAGAAGCACCUCAGGAGGAGGCUUCUCUCAGCAAUAGGCUCAAGACGUAUGCCAACUUCCCAGAAGCACCUCAGGAGGAGGCUUCUCUCAGCAAUAGGCUCAAGACGUAUGCCAACUUCCCAGAAGCACCUCAGGAGGAGGCUUCUCUCAGCAAUAGGCUCAAGACGUAUGCCAACUUCCCAGAAGCACCUCAGGAGGAGGCUUCUCUCAGCAAUAGGCUCAAGACGUAUGCCAACUUCCCAGAAGCACCUCAGGAGGAGGCUUCUCUCAGCAAUAGGCUCAAGACGUAUGCCAACUUCCCAGAAGCACCUCAGGAGGAGGCUUCUCUCAGCAAUAGGCUCAAGACGUAUGCCAACUUCCCAGAAGCACCUCAGGAGGAGGCUUCUCUCAGCAAUAGGCUCAAGACGUAUGCCAACUUCCCAGAAGCACCUCAGGAGGAGGCUUCUCUCAGCAAUAGGCUCAAGACGUAUGCCAACUUCCCAGAAGCACCUCAGGAGGAGGCUUCUCUCAGCAAUAGGCUCAAGACGUAUGCCAACUUCCCAGAAGCACCUCAGGAGGAGGCUUCUCUCAGCAAUAGGCUCAAGACGUAUGCCAACUUCCCAGAAGCACCUCAGGAGGAGGCUUCUCUCAGCAAUAGGCUCAAGACGUAUGCCAACUUCCCAGAAGCACCUCAGGAGGAGGCUUCUCUCAGCAAUAGGCUCAAGACGUAUGCCAACUUCCCAGAAGCACCUCAGGAGGAGGCUUCUCUCAGCAAUAGGCUCAAGACGUAUGCCAACUUCCCAGAAGCACCUCAGGAGGAGGCUUCUCUCAGCAAUAGGCUCAAGACGUAUGCCAACUUCCCAGAAGCACCUCAGGAGGAGGCUUCUCUCAGCAAUAGGCUCAAGACGUAUGCCAACUUCCCAGAAGCACCUCAGGAGGAGGCUUCUCUCAGCAAUAGGCUCAAGACGUAUGCCAACUUCCCAGAAGCACCUCAGGAGGAGGCUUCUCUCAGCAAUAGGCUCAAGACGUAUGCCAACUUCCCAGAAGCACCUCAGGAGGAGGCUUCUCUCAGCAAUAGGCUCAAGACGUAUGCCAACUUCCCAGAAGCACCUCAGGAGGAGGCUUCUCUCAGCAAUAGGCUCAAGACGUAUGCCAACUUCCCAGAAGCACCUCAGGAGGAGGCUUCUCUCAGCAAUAGGCUCAAGACGUAUGCCAACUUCCCAGAAGCACCUCAGGAGGAGGCUUCUCUCAGCAAUAGGCUCAAGACGUAUGCCAACUUCCCAGAAGCACCUCAGGAGGAGGCUUCUCUCAGCAAUAGGCUCAAGACGUAUGCCAACUUCCCAGAAGCACCUCAGGAGGAGGCUUCUCUCAGCAAUAGGCUCAAGACGUAUGCCAACUUCCCAGAAGCACCUCAGGAGGAGGCUUCUCUCAGCAAUAGGCUCAAGACGUAUGCCAACUUCCCAGAAGCACCUCAGGAGGAGGCUUCUCUCAGCAAUAGGCUCAAGAUGUAUGCCAACUUCCCAGAAGCACCUCAGGAGGAGGCUUCUCUCAGCAAUAGGCUCAAGACGUAUGCCAACUUCCCAGAAGCACCUCAGGAGGAGGCUUCUCUCAGCAAUAGGCUCAAGACGUAUGCCAACUUCCCAGAAGCACCUCAGGAGGAGGCUUCUCUCAGCAAUAGGCUCAAGACGUAUGCCAACUUCCCAGAAGCACCUCAGGAGGAGGCUUCUCUCAGCAAUAGGCUCAAGACGUAUGCCAACUUCCCAGAAGCACCUCAGGAGGAGGCUUCUCUCAGCAAUAGGCUCAAGACGUAUGCCAACUUCCCAGAAGCACCUCAGGAGGAGGCUUCUCUCAGCAAUAGGCUCAAGACGUAUGCCAACUUCCCAGAAGCACCUCAGGAGGAGGCUUCUCUCAGCAAUAGGCUCAAGACGUAUGCCAACUUCCCAGAAGCACCUCAGGAGGAGGCUUCUCUCAGCAAUAGGCUCAAGACGUAUGCCAACUUCCCAGAAGCACCUCAGGAGGAGGCUUCUCUCAGCAAUAGGCUCAAGACGUAUGCCAACUUCCCAGAAGCACCUCAGGAGGAGGCUUCUCUCAGCAAUAGGCUCAAGACGUAUGCCAACUUCCCAGAAGCACCUCAGGAGGAGGCUUCUCUCAGCAAUAGGCUCAAGACGUAUGCCAACUUCCCAGAAGCACCUCAGGAGGAGGCUUCUCUCAUCAAUAGGCUCAAGACGUAUGCCAACUUCCCAGAAGCACCUCAGGAGGAGGCUUCUCUCAGCAAUAGGCUCAAGACGUAUGCCAACUUCCCAGAAGCACCUCAGGAGGAGGCUUCUCUCAGCAAUAGGCUCAAGACCUAUGCCAACUUCCCAGAAGCACCUCAGGAGGAGGCUUCUCUCAGCAAUAGGCUCAAGACGUAUGCCAACUUCCCAGAAGCACCUCAGGAGGAGGCUUCUCUCAGCAAUAGGCUCAAGACGUAUGCCAACUUCCCAGAAGCACCUCAGGAGGAGGCUUCUCUCAGCAAUAGGCUCAAGACGUAUGCCAACUUCCCAGAAGCACCUCAGGAGGAGGCUUCUCUCAGCAAUAGGCUCAAGACGUAUGCCAACUUCCCAGAAGCACCUCAGGAGGAGGCUUCUCUCAGCAAUAGGCUCAAGACGUAUGCCAACUUCCCAGAAGCACCUCAGGAGGAGGCUUCUCUCAGCAAUAGGCUCAAGACGUAUGCCAACUUCCCAGAAGCACCUCAGGAGGAGGCUUCUCUCAGCAAUAGGCUCAAGACGUAUGCCGACUUCCCAGAAGCACCUCAGGAGGAGGCUUCUCUCAGCAAUAGGCUCAAGACGUAUGCCAACUUCCCAGAAGCACCUCAGGAGGAGGCUUCUCUCAGCAAUAGGCUCAAGACGUAUGCCAACUUCCCAGAAGCACCUCAGGAGGAGGCUUCUCUCAGCAAUAGGCUCAAGACGUAUGCCAACUUCCCAGAAGCACCUCAGGAGGAGGCUUCUCUCAGCAAUAGGCUCAAGACGUAUUCCAACUUCCCAGAAGCACCUCAGGAGGAGGCUUCUCUCAGCAAUAGGCUCAAGACGUAUGCCAACUUCCCAGAAGCACCUCAGGAGGAGGCUUCUCUCAGCAAUAGGCUCAAGACGUAUGCCAACUUCCCAGAAGCACCUCAGGAGGAGGCUUCUCUCAGCAAUAGGCUCAAGACGUAUGCCAACUUCCCAGAAGCACCUCAGGAGGAGGCUUCUCUCAGCAAUAGGCUCAAGACGUAUGCCAACUUCCCAGAAGCACCUCAGGAGGAGGCUUCUCUCAGCAAUAGGCUCAAGACGUAUGCCAACUUCCCAGAAGCACCUCAGGAGGAGGCUUCUCUCAGCAAUAGGCUCAAGACGUAUGCCAACUUCCCAGAAGCACCUCAGGAGGAGGCUUCUCUCAGCAAUAGGCUCAAGACGUAUGCCAACUUCCCAGAAGCACCUCAGGAGGAGGCUUCUCUCAGCAAUAGGCUCAAGACGUAUGCCAACUUCCCAGAAGCACCUCAGGAGGAGGCUUCUCUCAGCAAUAGGCUCAAGACGUAUGCCAACUUCCCAGAAGCACCUCAGGAGGAGGCUUCUCUCAGCAAUAGGCUCAAGACGUAUGCCAACUUCCCAGAAGCACCUCAGGAGGAGGCUUCUCUCAGCAAUAGGCUCAAGACGUAUGCCAACUUCCCAGAAGCACCUCAGGAGGAGGCUUCUCUCAGCAAUAGGCUCAAGACGUAUGCCAACUUCCCAGAAGCACCUCAGGAGGAGGCUUCUCUCAGCAAUAGGCUCAAGACGUAUGCCAACUUCCCAGAAGCACCUCAGGAGGAGGCUUCUCUCAGCAAUAGGCUCAAGACGUAUGCCAACUUCCCAGAAGCACCUCAGGAGGAGGCUUCUCUCAGCAAUAGGCUCAAGACGUAUGCCAACUUCCCAGAAGCACCUCAGGAGGAGGCUUCUCUCAGCAAUAGGCUCAAGACGUAUUCCAACUUCCCAGAAGCACCUCAGGAGGAGGCUUCUCUCAGCAAUAGGCUCAAGACGUAUUCCAACUUCCCAGAAGCACCUCAGGAGGAGGCUUCUCUCAGCAAUAGGCUCAAGACGUAUGCCAACUUCCCAGAAGCACCUCAGGAGGAGGCUUCUCUCAGCAAUAGGCUCAAGACGUAUGCCAACUUCCCAGAAGCACCUCAGGAGGAGGCUUCUCUCAGCAAUAGGCUCAAGACGUAUGCCAACUUCCCAGAAGCACCUCAGGAGGAGGCUUCUCUCAGCAAUAGGCUCAAGACGUAUGCCAACUUCCCAGAAGCACCUCAGGAGGAGGCUUCUCUCAGCAAUAGGCUCAAGACGUAUGCCAACUUCCCAGAAGCACCUCAGGAGGAGGCUUCUCUCAGCAAUAGGCUCAAGACGUAUGCCAACUUCCCAGAAGCACCUCAGGAGGAGGCUUCUCUCAGCAAUAGGCAACUCCAGAGAUGCCCCGAGAACACUGUCCCAAGUCUAGAGGAACACCAACUUCAGCACAGCAACUCGAGGAAUGCUCCGUGUACCCCAAAUCGUCUCGAGAUCGAGCUGAUUCCCUGGCUUAGGCUCAAGACGUAUGGCAACUUCCCAGAAGCACCUCAGGAGGAGGCUUCUCUCAGCAAUAGGCUCAAGACGUAUGCCAACUUCCCAGAAGCACCUCAGGAGGAGGCUUCUCUCAGCAAUAGGCUCAAGACGUAUGCCAACUUCCCAGAAGCACCUCAGGAGGAGGCUUCUCUCAGCAAUAGGCUCAAGACGUAUGCCGACUUCCCAGAAGCACCUCAGGAGGAGGCUUCUCUCAGCAAUAGGCUCAAGACGUAUGCCAACUUCCCAGAAGCACCUCAGGAGGAGGCUUCUCUCAGCAAUAGGCUCAAGACGUAUUCCAACUUCCCAGAAGCACCUCAGGAGGAGGCUUCUCUCAGCAAUAGGCUCAAGACGUAUGCCAACUUCCCAGAAGCACCUCAGGAGGAGGCUUCUCUCAGCAAUAGGCUCAAGACGUAUGCCAACUUCCCAGAAGCACCUCAGGAGGAGGCUUCUCUCAGCAAUAGGCUCAAGACGUAUGCCAACUUCCCAGAAGCACCUCAGGAGGAGGCUUCUCUCAGCAAUAGGCUCAAGACGUAUGCCAACUUCCCAGAAGCACCUCAGGAGGAGGCUUCUCUCAGCAAUAGGCUCAAGACGUAUUCCAACUUCCCAGAAGCACCUCAGGAGGAGGCUUCUCUCAGCAAUAGGCUCAAGACGUAUGCCAACUUCCCAGAAGCACCUCAGGAGGAGGCUUCUCUCAGCAAUAGGCUCAAGACGUAUGCCAACUUCCCAGAAGCACCUCAGGAGGAGGCUUCUCUCAGCAAUAGGCUCAAGACGUAUGCCAACUUCCCAGAAGCACCUCAGGAGGAGGCUUCUCUCAGCAAUAGGCUCAAGACGUAUGCCAACUUCCCAGAAGCACCUCAGGAGGAGGCUUCUCUCAGCAAUAGGCUCAAGACGUAUGCCAACUUCCCAGAAGCACCUCAGGAGGAGGCUUCUCUCAGCAAUAGGCUCAAGACGUAUGCCAACUUCCCAGAAGCACCUCAGGAGGAGGCUUCUCUCAGCAAUAGGCUCAAGACGUAUGCCAACUUCCCAGAAGCACCUCAGGAGGAGGCUUCUCUCAGCAAUAGGCUCAAGACGUAUGCCAACUUCCCAGAAGCACCUCAGGAGGAGGCUUCUCUCAGCAAUAGGCUCAAGACGUAUGCCAACUUCCCAGAAGCACCUCAGGAGGAGGCUUCUCUCAGCAAUAGGCUCAAGACGUAUGCCAACUUCCCAGAAGCACCUCAGGAGGAGGCUUCUCUCAGCAAUAGGCUCAAGACGUAUGCCAACUUCCCAGAAGCACCUCAGGAGGAGGCUUCUCUCAGCAAUAGGCUCAAGACGUAUGGCAACUUCCCAGAAGCACCUCAGGAGGAGGCUUCUCUCAGCAAUAGGCUCAAGACGUAUGCCAACUUCCCAGAAGCACCUCAGGAGGAGGCUUCUCUCAGCAAUAGGCUCAAGACGUAUGCCAACUUCCCAGAAGCACCUCAGGAGGAGGCUUCUCUCAGCAAUAGGCUCAAGACGUAUGCCAACUUCCCAGAAGCACCUCAGGAGGAGGCUUCUCUCAGCAAUAGGCUCAAGACGUAUGCCAACUUCCCAGAAGCACCUCAGGAGGAGGCUUCUCUCAGCAAUAGGCUCAAGACGUAUGCCAACUUCCCAGAAGCACCUCAGGAGGAGGCUUCUCUCAGCAAUAGGCUCAAGACGUAUGCCAACUUCCCAGAAGCACCUCAGGAGGAGGCUUCUCUCAGCAAUAGGCUCAAGACGUAUGCCAACUUCCCAGAAGCACCUCAGGAGGAGGCUUCUCUCAGCAAUAGGCUCAAGACGUAUGCCAACUUCCCAGAAGCACCUCAGGAGGAGGCUUCUCUCAGCAAUAGGCUCAAGACGUAUGCCAACUUCCCAGAAGCACCUCAGGAGGAGGCUUCUCUCAGCAAUAGGCUCAAGACGUAUGCCAACUUCCCAGAAGCACCUCAGGAGGAGGCUUCUCUCAGCAAUAGUCUCAAGACGUAUGCCAACUUCCGAGAAGCACCUCAGGAGGAGGCUUCUCUCAGCAAUAGGCUCAAGACGUAUGCCAACUUCCCAGAAGCACCUCAGGAGGAGGCUUCUCUCAGCAAUAGGCUCAAGACGUAUGCCAACUUCCCAGAAGCACCUCAGGCGGAGGCUUCUCUCAGCAAUAGGCUCAAGACGUAUGCCAACUUCCCAGAAGCACCUCAGGAGGAGGCUUCUCUCAGCAAUAGGCUCAAGACGUAUGCCAACUUCCCAGAAGCACCUCAGGAGGAGGCUUCUCUCAGCAAUAGGCUCAAGACGUAUGCCAACUUCCCAGAAGCACCUCAGGAGGAGGCUUCUCUCAGCAAUAGGCUCAAGACGUAUGCCAACUUCCCAGAAGCACCUCAGGAGGAGGCUUCUCUCAGCAAUAGGCUCAAGACGUAUGCCAACUUCCCAGAAGCACCUCAGGAGGAGGCUUCUCUCAGCAAUAGGCUCAAGACGUAUGCCAACUUCCCAGAAGCACCUCAGGAGGAGGCUUCUCUCAGCAAUAGGCUCAAGACGUAUGCCAACUUCCCAGAAGCACCUCAGGAGGAGGCUUCUCUCAGCAAUAGGCUCAAGACGUAUGCCAACUUCCCAGAAGCACCUCAGGAGGAGGCUUCUCUCAGCAAUAGGCUCAAGACGUAUGCCAACUUCCCAGAAGCACCUCAGGCGGAGGCUUCUCUCAGCAAUAGGCUCAAGACGUAUGCCAACUUCCCAGAAGCACCUCAGGAGGAGGCUUCUCUCAGCAAUAGGCUCAAGACGUAUGCCAACUUCCCAGAAGCACCUCAGGCGGAGGCUUCUCUCAGCAAUAGGCUCAAGACGUAUGCCAACUUCCCAGAAGCACCUCAGGAGGAGGCUUCUCUCAGCAAUAGGCUCAAGACGUAUGCCAACUUCCCAGAAGCACCUCAGGAGGAGGCUUCUCUCAGCAAUAGGCUCAAGACGUAUGCCAACUUCCCAGAAGCACCUCAGGAGGAGGCUUCUCUCAGCAAUAGGCUCAAGACGUAUGCCAACUUCCCAGAAGCACCUCAGGAGGAGGCUUCUCUCAGCAAUAGGCUCAAGACGUAUGCCAACUUCCCAGAAGCACCUCAGGAGGAGGCUUCUCUCAGCAAUAGGCUCAAGACGUAUGCCAACUUCCCAGAAGCACCUCAGGAGGAGGCUUCUCUCAGCAAUAGGCUCAAGACGUAUGCCAACUUCCCAGAAGCACCUCAGGAGGAGGCUUCUCUCAGCAAUAGGCUCAAGACGUAUGCCAACUUCCCAGAAGCACCUCAGGAGGAGGCUUCUCUCAGCAAUAGGCUCAAGACGUAUGCCAACUUCCCAGAAGCACCUCAGGAGGAGGCUUCUCUCAGCAAUAGGCUCAAGACGUAUGCCAACUUCCCAGAAGCACCUCAGGAGGAGGCUUCUCUCAGCAAUAGGCUCAAGACGUAUGGCAACUUCCCAGAAGCACCUCAGGAGGAGGCUUCUCUCAGCAAUAGGCUCAAGACGUAUGGCAACUUCCCAGAAGCACCUCAGGAGGAGGCUUCUCUCAGCAAUAGGCUCAAGACGUAUGCCAACUUCCCAGAAGCACCUCAGGCGGAGGCUUCUCUCAGCAAUAGGCUCAAGACGUAUGCCAACUUCCCAGAAGCACCUCAGGAGGAGGCUUCUCUCAGCAAUAGGCUCAAGACGUAUGCCAACUUCCCAGAAGCACCUCAGGAGGAGGCUUCUCUCAGCAAUAGGCUCAAGACGUAUGCCAACUUCCCAGAAGCACCUCAGGAGGAGGCUUCUCUCAGCAAUAGGCUCAAGACGUAUGCCAACUUCCCAGAAGCACCUCAGGAGGAGGCUUCUCUCAGCAAUAGGCUCAAGACGUAUGCCAACUUCCCAGAAGCACCUCAGGCGGAGGCUUCUCUCAGCAAUAGGCUCAAGACGUAUGCCAACUUCCCAGAAGCACCUCAGGAGGAGGCUUCUCUCAGCAAUAGGCUCAAGACGUAUGCCAACUUCCCAGAAGCACCUCAGGAGGAGGCUUCUCUCAGCAAUAGGCUCAAGACGUAUGCCAACUUCCCAGAAGCACCUCAGGCGGAGGCUUCUCUCAGCAAUAGGCUCAAGACGUAUGGCAACUUCCCAGAAGCACCUCAGGAGGAGGCUGCUCUCAGCAAUAGGCUCAAGACGUAUGCCAACUUCCCAGAAGCACCUCAGGAGGAGGCUUCUCUCAGCAAUAGGCUCAAGACGUAUGCCAACUUCCCAGAAGCACCUCAGGAGGAGGCUUCUCUCAGCAAUAGGCUCAAGACGUAUGCCAACUUCCCAGAAGCACCUCAGGAGGAGGCUUCUCUCAGCAAUAGGCUCAAGACGUAUGCCAACUUCCCAGAAGCACCUCAGGCGGAGGCUUCUCUCAGCAAUAGGCUCAAGACGUAUGCCAACUUCCCAGAAGCACCUCAGGAGGAGGCUUCUCUCAGCAAUAGGCUCAAGACGUAUGCCAACUUCCCAGAAGCACCUCAGGAGGAGGCUUCUCUCAGCAAUAGGCUCAAGACGUAUGCCAACUUCCCAGAAGCACCUCAGGCGGAGGCUUCUCUCAGCAAUAGGCUCAAGACGUAUGCCAACUUCCCAGAAGCACCUCAGGCGGAGGCUUCUCUCAGCAAUAGGCUCAAGACGUAUGCCAACUUCCCAGAAGCACCUCAGGAGGAGGCUUCUCUCAGCAAUAGGCUCAAGACGUAUGCCAACUUCCCAGAAGCACCUCAGGCGGAGGCUUCUCUCAGCAAUAGGCUCAAGACGUAUGCCAACUUCCCAGAAGCACCUCAGGCGGAGGCUUCUCUCAGCAAUAGGCUCAAGACGUAUGCCAACUUCCCAGAAGCACCUCAGGCGGAGGCUUCUCUCAGCAAUAGGCUCAAGACGUAUGCCAACUUCCCAGAAGCACCUCAGGAGGAGGCUUCUCUCAGCAAUAGGCUCAAGACGUAUGCCAACUUCCCAGAAGCACCUCAGGAGGAGGCUUCUCUCAGCAAUAGGCUCAAGACGUAUGGCAACUUCCCAGAAGCACCUCAGGAGGAGGCUUCUCUCAGCAAUAGGCUCAAGACGUAUGCCAACUUCCCAGAAGCACCUCAGGAGGAGGCUUCUCUCAGCAAUAGGCUCAAGACGUAUGCCAACUUCCCAGAAGCACCUCAGGAGGAGGCUUCUCUCAGCAAUAGGCUCAAGACGUAUGGCAACUUCCCAGAAGCACCUCAGGAGGAGGAUUCUCUCAGCAAUAGGAAUCCCAAAAUCCCUGUGGCUACUGGAAAGGGUCCUUGGGUGCCCUGCCUCACCUCGAGAAGCGUCCCUUUUGCCCUGCCAAGCCUCGAAGAGAUUCCUGAGGUGUCCCUCGUUACUAGACAGGAGUCCUGA